AUUUCCCCAGCUUCGAGGUUGUACGGUUCUAGGGUUUAAGAUCCAGAGGUUUUUGAAAUCCAACUCUCAACCAUGGCUUCCUGCGCCAGAAAUCUGGUGCAACGAUCUUCCAACACCGCCAAAACGCUGCUGUUCCGCACCCAAUCAUCGCAUUCCGGAGCACCCAAGCUCAGUGGAUUCGCAUCUACCUUACCGCGCCCGUCACCUCGCCCCCGUCCCUUCUUCUCCUCCACCUCCAGGCUGCCGGUGGAGCUAGGGUGUGGAGAGUCGUUGAUGCCCCUCCAUUCUGCGACGGCGUCGGCAUUGCUGAACUCGAUGCUCUCUUCCAAAGUUGGGCGCUGGGGUUAUCUCUCAGAAGGCUUCGCGACUCCACUAUAACAGGACCUGUAAUGAAGAGUUUGGGAUGACCACUGCAGCUAAUUCAAUCAUCUUUAAACUUUAAAAUAAAUGUAUCACCAAAAUGGUUGUGUUGUUGCUAGAAUAUACCUGCUCCUUCAAUUUGUAAAAUGUGGUUUUUUGAUGUUACACCAUAGGAGGUGAUUUUUGUUCGUCAUUUUUGAUGCGCUCAUUAUCCUAGACAUGCUUACUGGUUGAAUUGUCUUUUGAGAUUCAAAGUAUAUUGAUACUUAUGUGGCCAUUUUGGAAGGGGAAACUGGACAUGUAAGCCACCAUAUAUUCAGGAAUAGUUUUUUUCUUUCUGCA